AUGAGUCUCAGAAAACAUGAUGUAAAAGAAGGAGAACUGCCGACAUUUGGAGUAGCAGUAUCGAGCGUGAAUAGCUAUGAUAAAAAUGAUCAACUCGUUCUGGGAGAUAUUGACAUCCGUACUAGAGCUGUGAUUGAAGGUGCUUCACCUAAUGAUCCCCGAGCCCUGGGACCUACCCAAUUGGAGACUAACGAUGGGGGACAAAUCAAGAGAAACUCGUUUGCGUGCGUUAGCUGCCACUCGCUGAAACAGAAAUGUGUGCCCUCAGAUCCACAUGAUAUCUAUAGGAAACCUUGUGAGAGAUGUUUGAGGAAUUUCAAGCUUUGUAAGUUUGAUCUUUCAAAAAGAACUCGAAAGAGGCGACGUCGGGAUACGACAGAUUCACCGGUCUAUAUGGAGUCUUCUACUAAAGCGCAAUUGUCUUCUUCACUUCCGGAACAGCAAAGUACACCUUAUGGAGCUGCGAGAAAUCUACCACAUAUUUGGUCGGGUAUUGCGCCACCUGCGACUGAUAGUGCUACCAUACAGCGUCUCAAUGCAUCAUCAUUGAGCUCUUCAGCUUCUCCUGUAUUUGGUGAUUCUAGAAACUUCACACCUGAGGAGAAUCGAAAUGGUGAGAUAGAGAAGCAGGUGGAUAUGUCUCACUUGUACCUCAUGAAGCCUAUCUUCAAAAGGCAACUUCAUUCUCUUUUAUUAUAUCAAAAGGGCAAAGUUGGCGAGAUAUCUCGUAAGUUGGACGCGUGGGCCAAUCAAUGGAACGAAUUGGUUCAGGAGGGAACUACUAGCUUCGCUACUGUCUCAGAUCCCAUCUCGAGGAACCUCAUUAGUAUGAAAGAAGCUGAGAUCCGCUAUGAACUAUGGAAGAGUGAGUUUUCAUCAAGAUUUAAGUUCGUGAAGUCCUCAUCGACCCUGUCCCUUAAUCAAUUGCGACAGGAAAAGCCGAUACUGCUUUCAGUGAUUAUGUCAUGCGUCUCAGUUGUAAUGACUUCCAAGGACACCACAAUGGAAAAGAAUAUGAAGCUGGACAACUUUGUACUAAAUUUGAUAACGGAUCAAAUUUUCAAACUCAACCAUAAAUCGAUAGAGCUGGUCGAGUCUUUACUCACUUUAUGUUUGUGGUACAAUUUCCCAGAGUGGUCAAACAAAACAAGAUACCAUAUUUUCAACUAUGUUUGCGUCUGCUUGAUAAAAGACUUGGGGCCUAAUUCAGUGAGUCGUGCAUUCGGUAUGUUUAGUGAUGAGGACCCAUCAAAGCGUAAGCGCAAGAGCAAAACACCUCUCGAAUUGUAUGACAACAGUGCACGACUCAUCAUACUUGUUUACAUCUCCUCUCUCAAUAUAUCAAUUUUUUUGAAGCAGCCUAUACAGGCAAGGUGGUCUUUAUUGAUAGAGAAAGCCUGUGAAGAACUCUUAGGAAAUACAGAAACUAAAACGGAGGAAGAGCUCUAUCAUCCUGAUGAUGAUAAGACUUUGGUAGUAUUUGCCCGAUUGAAUUUCAUUUUGGAGAAAGUUCACAUAUACUUACACGAGAUUAGGGAGGAGCAUGAAUAUACAGGGAUGAGCGAUAGCCAUUUCAAGCACUUGACUGAAAAAUUCCAAUCUCAGCUGACUGUAAUAUUUGUGCAAAUGCCAAAAGACCGACACAGGGAGUUGUCAUUUUUCUACUCAGUGGAAGCAUAUUUGUAUCAGUACAUCAUUAACAAUUAUGCGGCAAGCCAGAAGAGGAUGACCACAGCGGAGACAUUGCCCUUGGAUGUCAGUGAAGCCUUUCAAAAAUGUUACAACUACUGUGCUUCAGCCUUGGAAGAGUUUGUGAAGAUGACACCAAAACUAGUGGCAUCACUUCCCUUAUUCCAUAUGUCAAGGAUAAUCUACACGGUCGGCCUGCUUUUGUUCAAGCUGAGAUAUUCUACACUUAUUGUCCCAUGCUUCCAACAGUUCAAAAUGCUAACUGAAAACUCCAUUCCACUAGUCAACAAAGUCGCCGAGACACUUGAGCAAUGUUCCAAGAUAUAUGAGUUCAACAACUUCCUGUUCAAAUUUCAGUACGUCGUAGCACUAUUUGCUCAGACAUAUGCCAACAAAGUCGGGGAAGUAAUGAAUAAUACCUCUAAAAGGAGCCACGAAAAUAAUGAUACAGUAGUUAAUCACUCUCAAACGGAGGCCAUUGUACCAGAACUAGGGGAGCUUCUAGAUUCCAAUUCUGCGGACAAGUUCUCACAUGGUCGUCCCAAUGGUGCAGAUCCAGCUGCUGUGUCCAACGGUCAAACUGCUCCUUUCGUCGCUACUGAAGUUCAAUCAUCUCCUGCGAACUCAGCUGAUACUAUCAAUGAUUAUCUGACCGAUGUGGACUCCCUCAUGUGGGGGUUCAAUGUCUUGAACGAUGAAUUUUGGACUGACAUUUUCACUAAUGACUUGUAA